AUGCCGAACGCUGCGCUUCCCCAGGAGACCCCAUCUGCCAAUCAGCAAUUUGGGGACAAUAACCGAGAUCAAAGUGCAGAGUAUUCUUCGGAUUCAGAUAAUGACCAGGUUGGAUAUAAUGGCUCCACAAGGGCCUUGAAGCGAAAACGCCCUCUCACUGUCUCUUGUGAACUCUGCAAGCAGCGCAAAGUGAAAUGCGACCGAGUACAGCCGAGCUGUGGCUGGUGUACGCGCAAUGGCCAGCUAUGCGAAUAUAGAGAAAGGAAAAAACCAGGAUUAAGAGCUGGGUAUGGGAAAGAAUUGGAACAACGUCUUGGUAAGUGGAUGAUCGAGAUUCUUAUCACGAAAUCGUAUCUCAUCCAGAACUUAGAUCGAUUGGAAGAUAUCAUCCAGUCCCAAGCUCGCCUCAUUGAGAUGCAUAUCAUACGGCCCCAGUCCUCAGUGGGCCAUGAGUUGCCCCACGCCGGUCCCCUUUCAUACAGUUCUCCCUCGGAGCCCUCAGCGGUUCACGGACCCAGUCCCAGUACUGCUCUCUACUUCAACGAGCCUGGGUCGUCUGUUACUCUACCGUCGCGCCGUGCGGAUGUAUCGAUUACCAGUCCACCCGACACUUCAGUGAAUAAUUCCCAGCACAAUCAUCUACAGCAUGGCAUUCGAUCAGCAUCACAUGCCCCCUUGGUGCAGAACCGAGAUGCGCAGCAGGAUUACACGGGGAAUGAAUCAUCUCUGAAGGUUCCCGUCAACAUAUUCUCAAAUCAAGAGCAAUCUCUUACCAAUCCGGAGCUAGAUCUACCACCAUACGACUUGCUCUAUGCUUUGGUAGAUCUUUAUUUCGAACACAUCAAUUCCUGGUGUCCGAUCCUCCACCGCCGAACAACCCUGGACACCUUCUUUGGCCCUUCACCACUAGAAGAGGCAGAUCGAAUGGUGCUCUAUGCUAUUGUGGCGACGACACUACGUUUCUCCUCCGAUGCCAGGCUCAAUGAUCAAAACCGAAAGCGCUAUCAUGAUUCGUCGAAACAGAAGGUCGUCAUGUAUGGUCUAGAGAAUUCCUCUGUCAAGGCACUCCAAGCGCUUGUAAUUCUGGCACUUGACCUCGUUGGAUCUUCCAAUGGCCCACCUGGCUGGAAGCUACUUGCCUUGAUCACCAGGUCUGUAGUGCAAUUAGGGCUGGCCGUGGAAGCAACUUCGUCUCUCAUCAACCCCCUCUACCCUUCAAUCUACACCCUGAGGGCCGUUACUCUGUCAGAGCCGAAUUCGUGGAUCGAAGAUGAAAGCCGACGUCGGCUGUUCUGGAUGGUCUACUUGUUGGACCGCUAUUCCACCCUAGCGACAGCAUUUAACUUUGCUUUGGAUGACAGAGACAUCGACCGUAAGCUUCCUUGCAAGGAUGACUACUUCAUGAAGAACCAACCCGUUGAGACGCGACGAUUCCACUACUCCAGUGAGCGUGCGGACUAUCUCAGUAACGCGGAGAAUGUUGGUUCUUUCGGUCUCUAUGUCGAAAUCCUGGGUAUCCUAUCGCGAAUUCAUACGUUCCUCAAACGGCCUGUAGAUAUCGGAGCCCUCUCUGACGUAGAAGAAUGGCAAGCCACCUAUCGCAAGCUCGAUAGUGAGCUGACAUCGUGGGAGUUCAAUCUCCCCGCAGAAUAUGCCUAUGAGAAUUCCUCUCGCCUCUUCAAUGGGCCCAGGCAUGGCCGCGCUUUGCACAGUGAUUGGGUGCAGCUACAUGCAACCUACCAAACUGCUGUGAUCCGUCUUCAUUCCUCAGCUGCAUACCCAACAACCCGAUCCCCAAUUUUCACACCCUCAUACAGCGCCAGCCAGCGAUGCCUACUAGCAGUGGAAAACAUCCUCUCAGUAUCCAGAUUCGUAGUAGAAAACAACAUGCUCGACAAAAUGGGCCCACCAUUCGCUUUUACUCUCUGGGUAUCAGCCCGCCUCCUCCUCGUCCACGGUUCCACAAUCGCCCACACCGUCAGCGCCGACAUCCUCUUCUUCGUGGACACUCUCUUCCAGCUGGGCAAAUACUGGAAAGUCGCCGAGCGAUACAGCAGCAUUCUCCAACGCGUCCUGGACGAGUAUAACGAGUAUCAACGAUCUGUCGCCACAGAUGGUGAAAGAUCCACACCGUCAACAGUCAAGAUCCUCGCCGAUAUGCGUCGCUGUGCAUUCGAUCUGGACUUCUUGAUCUCCCGCCAGCCCCGUGAGUCGCCCGCUGACAAUGGCAUCGGCGAGAACCAGCAGCCUCAGUCGUCUAUGUCGACAAUGCCUACCCGCAACUUUGCUCCCAAUGAACUCGAGUACCUCGAUGUCUUUGGCUUCUUCAAUGUCCCUCGAGUCCCUCCUGCUCGCGCUCAUGGUCUAAACACCAGUGCACCAUCUCAUUUGGAAAUCCCGAACACCGUGCCAAAUCCUAUGUCCAUACACGGGCUGACUGAUACUGGUCCGGCGCCUUCGAAUGGGUCGGUGAUAGACCAUGGGCAUCCAUCCAACGCGAAUGAGUUCAACAUUACGAACUACUUGAUCCCGACGCCGGAGACGGAUUGGUUGUUUCGACCAUCUUGA